CACUCGGCAGCGCUGCGGCUUUCGAGCUCGCGUUUGUCCUGUUAGCGGAGCCGCAGCGUAGCCCCUGCAGGAGUUCCAGCGGUUCGGUGGGAGUGAUGAGAGUCGUCGACGUGAAGUAAAGAAUGCCAUGGGGCUCCGAGGGGAAUGAACCGGACACCGCACUGCCACUCAUGCAGCAGACCUGAACUGAAGGCUGAAACUGCCCCCGAAAUACACUAUGGAUUUCAGCAAGUGGGUGACCCUGUGGAUAGCUUGCUUCUGCCUUUUGGGAUAUAGACCAGGCAAAAUCAGUGCGGAUCACACACAUGCUGAAAAUGGAGUAUCGGAGCUGUGCCGGAUCGAUGAGCCACUCUGCCAGGAUGAGAAUGCAGUCUUGAGCUUUGAGGCCAUCCGCAGUAUCCAUAAGCAGAUGGAUGACGAUGCCAAUGGCAACGUGGAUGUGGUGGAGACAGACGGGUUCCUGAGGGAGGACCUGAACUACCAUGACCCCAAGGCUAAGCACAACAGCUUCCAUGGGGAUGACCAGUUUAUCAGCGUGGAGGACUUGUGGAAUGCUUGGAAGGGCUCUGAAGUAUACAACUGGACCGUGGAUGAGGUGGUGGAAUGGCUCAUCACGUAUGUGGAGCUACCGCAGUAUGUGGAGGCCUUCCGGAAGAUGCAACUUAAUGGCAGUGCCAUGCCCAGGCUCGCUGUGAAGAAUGUCACUCUGACCCAGUCGGUCCUAAAGAUGCUGGACCGCAGCCAUGUCCAAAAGUUGCAGCUGAAAGCGCUGGAUACAGUCCUUUUCGGGGCUCCGCUAAUGAACCGACACAGCCACCUCAAGGACUUCAUGCUAGUAGUGUCAAUUGUCAUUGGCAUGGGAGGUUGCUGGUUUGCCUACAUCCAGAACCGCUAUUCCAAGGACCACAUGAGCAAAAUGAUGAAGGACUUGGAAGGCCUCCAGCGGGCUGAGCAGAGCUUGCACGACCUGCAGCAGAAGUUGCAGAUUGCACAGGAGGAGCACCGCACGGUGGAGGUGGAGAAGGUGAACCUGGAGCAGAAGCUGCGUGAUGAGAUCAACUCAGCCAAACAGGAGGCACAACGUCUGAAAGAGUUGCGCGAGGGCACAGAAAAUGAGCUGAGCCGGCAGAAGUAUGCAGAGGCAGAGCUGGAGCAGGUGCGCAUGGCCCUCAAGAAGGCAGAGAAGGAGCUGGAGUCCCGCAGUAGCUGGGCCCCACCUGAAGCACUCCAGAAGUGGCUACAGUUGACUCACGAGGUGGAGGUGCAGUACUACAACAGUAAGAAGCAGAAUGCUGAGCGCCAGCUGCUGGUGGCCAAAGAGGGGGCAGAGAAGAUAAAGAAGAAGAGGAACACUCUCUUCGGCACCUUUCACGUGGCACACAGCUCCUCGCUGGAUGAUGUGGAUCACAAGAUCCUAGCAGCCAAGCAGGCUCUGGGUGAGGUGACAGCAGCCCUCCGAGAACGUCUGCACCGAUGGCAGCAGAUCGAGGUGCUGACCGGCUUCACUAUCGUCAAUAACCCGGGGCUGACGUCGUUGGCCUCGGCUCUCAAUCUGGACCCCAACUUUGUGGGUGGACGGGCCACUCCCCAGCACUUCAUCAUGUCUGAUGAUAUGGAUGAUUUGGAUGAGGACAUGUCACCUGGGGCACUGCAGUACGCCGCCUGGCAGAUGAGCUGCUCCGUUAACGAUCUCUGGUCUGUCGACCGUGACCGUCAUUUGCUGUGGACCCCCUCUGCUUCCGGAAUGAUGUCCCUGCGCCAAAGGCACAUUGAUCCUCAGCUAGCCAUGGGCUCCCAGAGGUUGGUAGAGGGCUGCUUCCUGUCGGGUCAACAGGGGGAGGUUGGCCACCCAGCGCGGCCCAGGGCCGCCGCCCUGCGUCAGUCCCGAAGCCAGUCUUUUGGGCAGUUUGAUACCCCCGCUCCACUUUCCGUGUCCCCUGCCCUUUCACAUCCCUCCAUCAUCUGCUCCCCUGCUUCACCUGCAGCAGUGCAUAUCCCACCCUCCCCCCUUGUCCACCACUCCUACUUCCAGCCACUGGACACCAUCCCCGAUGACCCCUUGCCAGAUGUCACCCCAGGGCAGCGCCAGCGUUCCAGUAGCUUUGGGGACCUGAACCGCUCCGAUUCGGACUCCUCCUUGUCUCUGUCCCAGGCCAGUGAACAGCUUCGCCUGUCCUCAUCAUACAGUUCGAAAGGUCAUUUGGUCAAGCCCACUUCCCUCCUGCAUGGUCCCGUGCCACGUGGGGAUGAGCCCACUUCCCUGCUCAUUGCACAUUCGUACAUGCCCAAUGGCGGGAACCGCAUCCCAGAGGGAGGAGCUUGGGGCGAGGGUGUGGUUGACAGUCCCCUGAUGCUAAAAAAGCCUUAUGCCAUCGAGAAGUCAACCAGCCUGGGGGAGAUUAAUAGUAACAUGGCUGGCCUUUCGCAGUCUGAGUCAUCCCGCUCGCUCAGUCCAAACUCCACUGAUCCUGACACACCCUCACCCACUGGGGCCCAGUCACUGGUGGCAGGUGGCAAGGCCAGCACCCGAAUACCCCAGCUCUCCUCCAAAAAGAGCCCGCUUGAGGAGGACAGUGGAUCGACAGGUGAAGACACAGACUCCACUGCAAGCCGCAAGAAACACACCUUCAAGAUCUUCAAGAAGCAGAAGAAGUAAUUGGAUCCAUGGAAGGCUCGUCAUUAAGGUUUUUUUUUUUUUUUUUUUUUUUUUGUUAGGGGUAUCACGUUCUUUUCUUGCUAUCUGGUAUCAAAAGUUUUUUGAGAUCUGCACUUUUUUGAGUGAACUGUAGGAAAAACCAAGAAAUGGGUAAUAUAUAUACACAUACUGUAUAUACACAUAUAUUUUUUUUGUUAAUGAUUAACAAUGGGGUCAGUGGGCUUAUAUGUAUGAGAAUGCAAAGUGGUAUUUAUUCAACAGGAAUGGGUGCCAGCAUUUCCAAGGAAUUUUCACCCCCUCCGAAUCCCCCCCCCCCCGCCCCCCCCCAAUUUUUUUUAAAAUUUCUAAAGUUAAAUCUGUUUGCAUGUGUUCUCCAUGACUGGACUGACAUUUGAAUGCUCUUGAAUGUUUGCUUGGUUGUUGUCCUUUAUAAGCUUACAUAGUACUGCUGUUCACAGAUUACAUCCCAUUUUCUUUUGUAGUGUUAGAUUGCGAGGUCUCUGUCUUGGUCUGUAAGCAGGGACACUGUAAAGGGUUGAACAGUACGCCACUACAUCUCCUAGUUGUGCUGGAUUUUCACACAAGAACAAAAUCCACUUCCUGUAGGUAAACGGUGGUAUUUUUUCUACUUAGAAGAAGGAAAGCACUCCAUUUAUAUGAAAUCUAUUGGUAAAAUUAAAGUUUGUGGAUGUGUUUGUUCCCAGCUUAUUUAGGACUAAGUGAAUUUUCACUUAUGGGAUCACUGAAAGGAUCAGUAGUGCUGAGAUUUCUUUGCAUAAACCGACGACAGCUGCAUAUCUUUGAUAUGAUUUAUUUUCACAUUUUGUAAAUACAGGCAUGGUCAUACUUGUGGCCAUCUACCAACCUCCGGUGUUAUGAAUGUGUUUAGACAGGGACAGACCUCAUGCUGGCAAGGCCAGGAAUGUUUCAGAUGCUGAAAACUGAUUUCACACCAAAGCUUCAAGAAAAUGUAGGGGGACUCUUGUUUUCCAACUGGACUUUAAGGACAGCUUGGGGAGGCGGAUGGUGCCAUGUUGGGUGUGAAAGGGGUUUUUGCAGCCAGACGUCUGAUGUACUCUCGAAGGAUGAUUUGUUUUCAGAAAGUGGAGACUAGUUACCAUGUAGUUUUUAUUUAUUUAUUUAUUUUUGUUUCUUAUCAGGCGCUUUUGUCUGUUGUUUAAACACUGGAACUCCGAGAGGAAUGCCGUCAUGUGUCUGCUUUGGUAAAGCUGCCUUGGUCCACACUGCUGUUGCCCCUUGGCAUUGACACUCCAUUGCUCUCAGACCUGCCUCUCCACAGCUGGACCCCUGAGUGGCCGGAGCUCACCUGUGCCUCAAGGCAGAAACGUAGACUCUUGAGCAACAUGGCCAGAGACUGAAGCAGAAAACAACGGCCAUGUUUGGUAAAUACCACGUCAGUACGGAAGCCAGGACGAGCAAGAGUACAGUCACCAAGCUCACGCCAAAAGCCUCUUAAAUCAGCAUACACACAUGCAUUCCCUGAACUUCUCAUGAAGAAAACUGCACAAAGACCACGUUAUUCAGGACUCAGGUGGCACAAGGAAGGCCCCCGGUUAGCAUUGUACAGUCUCUGUGAGGGUAAAAGCAGUGGGGAAGGUAUUGAGCCUGUGACAUCAUCUUCUCUGUUGUGCUCUGAGAAGUAAUUGUACACUGAAGACUGGAUUAUGAGGUCACUGUUGGGGCCACCAGCCCCUCUGUCUUUGAACAGUUCCUGUUGUUUUCAACAUUAAAUACAUUGCUACAUUCCCCCCCCUCCCCGCCCACAAUGUAAAGCUUCACCUUU